AUGCGAGCGUUUAUUUAUUUCGCCGCGAUAAUCGCUCUCUCCUCCGUCCAAGGGGGACGGAUUCUUGGACUCUUCCCGCACACAGGCAAGAGCCACCAAAUGGUCUUCGAGCCGCUAUUAAAGAAACUAGCUGAAAGAGGACACCAAGUCACUGUAGUGUCGUUCUUCCCCUUAAAAAAAUCAAUCGCAAAUUACACUGACGUAAGUCUUGAGGGGAUCGCGGCUUUAGGUGUGGAAACUAUAAAUCUAGGAUGGUAUGAGAAUCUUAGUUUUUGGACAAAAAUACCAAAAAUUGGUAGAGUAAUCCACCAAUUGUCUGAGUUCCAACCCUUGGCGGGACUGGCGUUAGAUGUUUGCAGUAAGGCUGUAGAUUGGGUUCCUUUAAAGGAAGCUAUGCAGAAGGAUUACGAUUUAGUGCUGGUUGAGAGUUUCAACAGUGAUUGCAUGAUGGGUUUGUUGCAUAUAUACGAUAUAAAGGCUCCAGUAAUUGCAUUACUAUCAAGUUCUAUGAUGCCAUGGUCAUCGGACCGUAUCGGAGUAACAGAUAACCCCUCUUACGUGCCAAUAUUAAGUUCAACCUUUACCCCGACAAUGAAUCUAAUGGAGCGAAUUGAAAACACGUUCCUCAACGCCUAUCACAAGAUAUGGUUCCGUUACGCAAUACAAUUAAAAGAACAAGCACUCAUAGAAAAACAUUUUAGAACUAAAAUACCAGAUCUGGAUAUAUUAUCACGAAAAAUAACAUUAAUGUUCGUUAAUACUUUCCAUGCUUUGAAUGGUGUAAAACCACUUGUACCAGGAAUUAUCGAAGUUGGGGGAAUGCACUUAGAUCCUACGAGAAAGAACAUACCCGAGGUGAGUUAA